UCAGUCAUCGUCAAAACCAAAAUCUCCGACUAACCGUAAAAUCCCUCCGGCGAAAAGAAACAAAAGCUCUCAAAUUUUCCGAUCGACCGGAAAAAUGGGCGGAUUGUCGCUGCAACACUCCUCCGGCGACUGCUCGCACCCAAACACCCACAAGGUGUUCCUCCUCUGCAAUUACAUCCUCCUCGGCGCGGCUUCGAGCUGCGUGUUCCUCACGCUCUCUCUGCGACUCGUCCCGUCGCUCGUCGGAUUCUUCUUCAUCCUCCUGCAGGCCAUCACCGUCGCCGGCGCCGUUUCCGGCUGCGCCGCCGCGUCGCGCGGCGCCUCCGCCUCGGCGGGGCGGCUCUACGGCGCGCACAUGGUGGCGACGGUGCUGACGGCGAUUUUUCAGGGGUCGGUGGCGGUGCUGAUCUUCACCCGGCCGGCGGACUUUCUCGGCCAUCUCCGGUCGUACGUCCGGCAGGACGACGGCGUCGUGAUUUUGAAGCUCGCCGGCGGUCUCUGCGCCGUGAUGUUCUGCCUCGAGUGGGUGGUGCUGACGCUGGCGUUCUUCCUUAAUUAUUAUGCGUAUGUCGAGCGGCGGGGCGGCGGCGGCGGCGGCGCCGCCGGGAUGAGGAACGGCAAGGUUCAGGAUGAAGAGGAGUUGAAGAAUUGGCCGUGGCCGUUUCAAGUGUAAUUUUUAUUUUUAUUUAUUAAAUUUGUUAAUUAAUUUAUUUUAUUUUUGUAUGAGUGACUUUUGGUUUGUUGUAAUUUAAAUUUAAUUGAUUUGGGUGACUGUUGGGAAUUUUUUUAAUGUUUGAUUGGAUG